ACAAAAAUGGCUGCCCACUAUAAACUUCGCUGUAGUUUGGCGGGUCACAAAAAAGAUGUUCGUGCGGUCGCGCCAGCCAUUCUUCCCCAGGGAUCAAUUCUGUCCGGAUCUCGAGAUGUCACAGCGAAAGUGUGGAUACCAAAUGAGUCUGACCAUGGAUUCAGAGAAGGACAUGUGAUGAGUGGCCAUACCAACUUUAUAUCUGCCGUGUGUUACGUGCCACCAGAUGGCACUUACUCCCACGGGCUGAUAUUGACGGGAAGCAAUGACUCCACUAUACUAGCAUACACUCUGGAUUCUCCAGAACCAAUAUAUAAACUAACUGGACAUUCAAAUACGGUAUGUUCAUUGGUCUCUGGGAAGUUUGGAACCUUACUGAGUGGAUCAUGGGAUAAAACUGCAAAAGUGUGGCUCAACAAAAAAUGUGUUAUGACCCUAGAAGGUCAUGAGUCUGCGGUAUGGGCCGUGGCUAUACUCCCAGAACAGGGAUACAUGUUGACCGGUUCAGCUGAUAAAACCAUUAAAGUAUGGAAAGCUGGCAAGUGUGAAAACACUCUAAAAGGACAUGAGGAUUGUGUAAGAGAUAUAGCUGUCCUAAAGAAGCCAGAGUUCCUGUCUUGUUCAAAUGACUCCACGAUACGUCACUGGUCGAUCACAGGUGACUGUAUCGGUGUGUACUAUGGUCAUGAGAACUUUGUGUACAGUCUGAGUGUGCUGCCAAACGGUGAGGACUUUGUGAGCAGUGGGGAAGACCGCACAGUGCGGGUGUGGCGAGGAGGACAAGUCGCCCAGACCAUCGCUCAUCCUUCCAUGUCUGUCUGGUCUGUGUGUGUCCUCCCUAAUGGAGACAUUGCUUCAGGUUCAAGUGAUGGAGUCAUUAGAGUAUUCACAACACAUCCUGAGAAGGUCGCCUCUCCUGACCAAUUGAAAGCAUUUGAGGCAGAGGUGGCAACAGCUGAAGUACCCACACAGAUAGGGGAGAUACAAAAACGAGACCUGCCAGGUCCUGAGGCCCUUCUUAACCCUGGUAACAAGGACGGUCAGACAAAGAUGGUGAAGACUGGGGAUAAAGUUGAAAUCUACCACUGGGAGGCAGCCGCAACCAAGUGGACCAAGAUUGGUGAUGUUGUAGGAUCCAGUGGGGGCACACAGAAAACAUCAGGGAAAACACUCUAUGAGGGAAAAGAGUACGACUACGUGUUUAGUGUCGACAUAGAGGAGGGGAAACCACCCCUCAAACUGCCCUACAAUAAGUCGGAGGAUCCUUGGUUUGCCGCCCAGCGCUUCCUAGAGAAAAACAACCUCAAUCAGCAGUUCCUGGACCAGGUGGCCAACUUCAUCACCGAGAAUUCAGAAGGGGUAACACUUGAUCAGGCCGGCCCCCAAGUCUGUGAUCCCUUCACAGGAGAGGGACGCUAUAUUCCUGGAGCGGCCCCAGUGGGAAGUAAACAGAACAGCCAGGCUGUAACCUAUGGAGCUGAUCCCUUUACUGGUUCUGGAAGCUACCAGCCCGCAACUGCCACACAGUCAACAGGAGUUGCCAACAACUACUUCCCUCAGAAAUCCUAUGUCACCUUCGACGCCUCAAAUCCAGCUCAGAUCAUUGGUAAGCUGAAGGAGCUGAACUCGACAAAGGUAGAAAAAGGUUGUCAGUUGGAGAUAGAGAAAAUAGAGGCACUAUCAGGCCUGAUCCAAGGGAAAACUGCCAAUGCUGACCACCUCACCACCAUGAUGAAGAUUCUUUCCUGGCCACAUGAGGCUGUGUUUCCUGGAUUGGAUGUUUUGAGGAUCGCCAUCAAGGACCCCUUCAUGAGUGAACGACUGUGCACAAAUGUUCAUUUCGUGGACAGCAGACUGAUGUAUUUAACUCGGAACAACACCCCCAACAAUCAGAUGCUAACCUUAAGGACUCUCUGUAACAUGUUCAAACAACACUUUGGAGAAACACUAGCAAUGCAAAAUAGAGAAAGAAUUAUAACUGCAGCUUUGGAGUGUCGACUUUCACCAAACAAAAAUGUCCAGAUCGCCUUGUCAACUCUUCUUCUAAAUUACGCUGUAUUCCUUCAAGACAAACUUGAUGAAGAGGCAAAGUCACAGUGUUUACUGGCAAUGGCUAGUGUGUUAGAAAAUGACAUUGAUUCUGAGGCAGUCUUCCGUCUGCUUGUGUGCUUAGGGACUCUUAUCAGGACCGAUGAAACUGCACAAGCUCUCGCACGAUCUAUUGACAUCAGAAACUUGGUUGAACCUGUCCUUGCAAAACUAGAACCUGCUAAAGUGCCUGGAUGUGCCGCAUUUGUUUUGGAGCUUUUAUAAUACAACUAUUUUGAUUCUGUGGAAAUAAAGACUUGCAGAAAUACAGUAAAAUACAUAUGGAAAAUCUUACAAAGCUAUCAGAUAAUUAAGACAAUGUGUCAAAAAUGAUAAAAAAAAUAAUCUGAAAGGUCCCAAUCAUUGGCAAUGGCACAUCCUAAUUUGCUUGUAUAUUGUUAUUCCUUUAGGUAUGAUAUCAUUUUAUAGAACCAAUUCCUAAUAGUGUUCCUGUUAGGGGAUAUAAAGUAAAACUGUAUCUACCUGUUCUAGGUUCCCAGAUGUUGAUAUUAUGAAUGCAUUGAGUAGGUGACAUAUAUCAGAUGUGUAUGAAAAUGUUGGAUAUAAAUAAAUUAUUAUGGCUUGAUCCUGGAGUAUAGCUUCAGAAGCAAGAUAUGGAAGGAAAUAAAAUUGCACAUAUUAAGAAAAAUGAAA